AUGUCCAACACCCAUGGGGACUCUCCAACGAAAGCUAGACACACGCAUUCCAGCGAAUAUCGGUCAUGGCACGUAGCUGAUUCCCGAAAAACACUCACGCGCGACAUCCCAGAGGUCCCGGAGGUGUAUCUGGAUUCUCUCAUGGACGCGGUCCUCCCUUCUCUCCCGCCUGAAACGCUAAAUGGGGUUUGCAAUGCGCUCGAAACAGCUGGUCAUAUCAAGGAUCCGGAUACCCCUAAUUCACGAUGGCGUUGCUUGCCAUUGGACCCGUGCGUUAACACCAAGCCUGAGACCGAGAAAUUUCGAUUUCUCGACAAUGUUUCUCAAGCCAUAAUCGAAUCCUAUCAUAGUUUCCAUCAUAUGGAGCCCACUCUCACCACACGGCUCCAAGUGACUGGGCAAAUCACGCCGCUUGGCAAUCGCCGUAACACUUCCCGACCGGACGGAUAUUUCCAAGUAAUUAUCGAGGACCCAGGUCCAAGACAAUCGAAUUGGGCCGAUAUUGUUAUGCCCAUGGAAUUCAAGAAUGUACAUAAUCGACAGAAUCAAAUUGAUGACUUUGGCAAAGUAAUGUGGUCGAUGCACCAUAUCAUGCGCAACGACGCUCGUCGUAGAUAUGUACAUGGGCUUACCUGUGAGAAUACAAAAGUCCGGUUAUGGUAUAAUGACCGAGCCGAUGUUGUCGCCUCACAGGAGUUUGAUGUGAACAAGGACUGGAAAUUCCUCGUCCGUAUCAUUUUAUCCGUGCUACUAGCCGAAGGAGUUGAAUUAGGCUACAACCCAAAUAUCCAACUUGUUCCCUCCAACAACCUAAACUCCGAGCCUUCCUACGAUAUCACCAUUCGAAACCCCGACACGCAGGCGAGUACUAUAUACCGCACUGUUGGGAUAAUCUCCGAUGUAGGAGCCGAUAGUAUGGUUGGUCGUGGAACUCGUGUGUGGGAAGUCCGGAAGCUGGUUGAUGGAGAACUGGUUGGCACUUCAUAUGCUCUCAAAGAUACGUGGGUGCACGAAGAUCGUGUCCCAGAGCAUAAGCUUAUCCAGAAAUUCCGGAGCGAACAGCCAGAUUACGCCCAGCACUUUCUUACUCCGAUAGAUUAUGGUUUUGCACCCUUUGAUCCCGCUCAACCACUCGUCCUGGAUAAUACCCACACAACUCUGCGCCGAAAAGAGUUGGUACCAACUCGAAAGCUCCUACCCACACAUUCUGGGUCACCCUCGGCGGUUGCGCUCCACAUUACAAGUAGCAGAAGCCUGAAAACCACGAGUUCCGUGAGGGACAGCGUUGGACACUUGGGAGACAUUCCGGAUUCACCUUCGGAGGGGCAUCAAGUCUUCCUUCUGGGUAAAUAUCCUCGCCAACACUACCUCACCGUAUUCGAGGAGAUUGGCACUCCGAUACACAAAUUGCGCAAUUUCGCAGAGGUAUUCACCGCGAUCCAAGGUGGUUGGGAAGGCCUGCAUGCCAUACACCUUUGCAAGUACGUUCAUCGAGACGUGAGUUCGGGGAAUAUACUACUUGUACCACCCAAAGGCCCCUGGGGUGAACGUGGUGUGAUAAUGGACUUGGAGUAUGGGAAGGAUAUCAAUGACACGAGAGUUGCCCAUAAUGUACGAACGGGCACAGUGUUAUUUAUGGCCACCGAGGUAGCUCUCAUGGACCAUCAUCGAUUUCGCACCAUCCCAUCACCCGGGCAAACGUCUAAUUCGCGUGAAGUCCUGGAGUCAAUAGCGGAAUCCCUAAUGGAACAAACCCUAGAGCCACCCCAAAAACCGAUCCAAGUUCCCCCGUUCCGGCACAACCAACUCCACGAUAUGGAAUCAAUCUGGUGGCUAUGCAUGUGGAUGAUGUUCCACCUUAUUCAACCCUCAAAAAACAGGCAGGACCAGAUAAAUAACUACCAUCACGUAUUCUGCAGCGCGGAGAGCAAGGUAGCCUUUAUUUGCGGUUCCGGGCUGUAUCGCAAGUUCACCUCGCACCUUUCGGAACACCAAACGUGGGUUGACCUUAUGGAGAGGUGGUCGCAGAUCUUGAAUAACCUAUAUUCUACAUCAUACGGGGAGCACGAUACUUCGGCAAUCCCACCAAACCAACUUCGAAUUUGCGAUAAGGAUAUCCAAACCUCUUACAAGCUUGGGAAAGGAUUUUUAUUGAAGCUUCAUCAGGCCUCUACGUCACUCUCCGACUUUGUGACACUUUCGUAA